ACCUGCGCCCUUAGUCCGGGCUAGACCCGAUCCCUGGCGCGAUGACGGCUUCUUCCUUUCAAGCUACGGGGCGCUUUUCAGCCCGGGAAGGCGGGUGGUCCCUGGGUACCCCGCGGGUGCCCUUCGGGGUGAGGAGGCCCAGAGCGAGGGGACUGCCUUCCCGCCCAUCCUGUCGCGGUGUCCUUUGCUGGCAUUAGGGCAGAGGCAGCCCUUCCAUGCGGACGUGUUGCUGUCCUGUGCGUGUUGCAUCCUGCCCACGUGGUAGGGUGUCCCGUCCCUUCCCCCUCCCUUCAUUUUUGCAGCUGGUGAAGGAGGGAGGUGAUCUGGAUGGUUUUUCCUCGGUGAUUUCCUCGGAGUAGCGAGGAAGGUGUUAAGACUGAUUAAUACUCUUAUGGGAUUCAGACAAAAAUGAAACACAAAACAGAUGACGUAAGGUGUCCAACUUAAUUACUAUAAGAAGAUAAAAUAUAGAAUAAGCAAUUCUCUUUGUGGCCAGAUGGGUUUGUAUGGACAAGCUUGUCCAUCUGUAACUUCAUUAAGGAUGACAUCUGAACUGGAGAGCAGCCUAACAUCUAUGGACUGGCUACCACAGCUUACCAUGAGAGCAGCCAUCCAGAAAUCAGAUGCUACGCAAAAUGCACAUGGAACAGGAAUCUCUAAGAAGAAUGCACUCCUUGACCCCAAUACAACCCUGGACCAGGAAGAAGUCCAACAGCACAAAGAUGGAAAACCUCCAUACAGUUAUGCCAGCCUCAUCACAUUUGCAAUUAAUAGCUCACCUAAAAAGAAAAUGACUUUAAGUGAGAUUUACCAGUGGAUUUGUGAUAACUUCCCAUAUUAUAGAGAGGCUGGCAGUGGUUGGAAGAAUUCCAUACGACAUAAUCUGUCACUGAACAAAUGUUUCCUUAAAGUGCCUAGAUCCAAGGAUGACCCCGGAAAGGGGUCCUAUUGGGCAAUAGACACCAAUCCGAAGGAAGAUGCACUGCCCACUCGGCCAAAGAAGAGGGCACGGUCUGUAGAACGGGCCUCAACUCCAUAUAGCAUAGAUUCAGAUUCUUUGGGAAUGGAGUGUAUUAUUUCGGGAAGUGCCUCUCCAACUCUGGCAAUCAACACUGUGACUAACAAAGUAACCUUGUACAACACUGAUCAAGAUGGUAGUGAUAGCCCACGCAGUAGCCUUAACAACAGUCUUUCAGACCAGAGUUUGGCAUCUGUCAAUUUGAACAGUGUUGGGAGUGUGCAUAGUUACACACCAGUGACAAACCACCCAGAACCAGUCUCUCAAUCAUUAACACCCCAGCAGCAGCCACAGUACAACCUUCCAGAACGAGACAAGCAACUACUUUUCACAGAAUACAAUUUUGAAGAUCUUAGUGCCUCAUUUCGGAGCCUUUAUAAGUCGGUUUUUGAGCAGUCACUUAGUCAACAAGGUUUGAUGAACAUCCCUUCUGAGUCUUCCCAGCAGCCCCACACUGCGUGUUCCUAUCAGCACUCUCCUAGCAGUACAGUCAGCUCUCAUCCACACAGCAACCAAAGCAGCCUAACCAAUAGUCACAGCGGCCUCAGUGCCCCAGGCAGUAAUUCGGUUGCACAGGUCUCGCUGUCCCACCCUCAGAUGCAUACACAGCCGUCUCCACAUACACCCCAUCGACCCCAUGGUUUACCACAGCAUCCGCAACGUCCCCAGCACCCAGCCCCACACCCACAGCAACACAGCCAGCUGCCGCCUCCUCACCCUCAACACCCCUCUCCACAUCAGCACAUACAGCACCAUCCGAACCAUCAGACGUUAGCACAUCAACCACCCCCACCUCCUCCCCCACAACAGGUAUCCUGUAAUUCUGGUGUUUCAAAUGACUGGUAUGCAACACUUGACAUGCUAAAGGAAAGCUGUCGAAUUGCCAGUAGUGUUAAUUGGUCUGAUGUAGACCUUUCCCAGUUCCAAGGUCUGAUGGAGAGUAUGAGACAGGCAGAUCUCAAGAACUGGUCUUUAGAUCAGGUUCAGUUUGCCGACCUCUGUUCUUCUCUCAAUCAGUUCUUUACACAAACUGGCCUUAUCCACUCCCAGAGUAAUGUUCAGCAGAAUGUUUGUCAUGGUGCCAUGCAUCCAGCAAAACCUUCCCAACACAUUGGAACAGGAAAUUUGUAUAUAGACUCUAGGCAAAAUCUCCCUCCAUCAGUGAUGCCACCCCCUGGUUAUCCUCACAUCCCACAGGCACUCAGCACUCCGGGAACAACGAUGGCAGGCCAUCACGGAGCCAUGAACCAGCAGCACAUGAUGCCUUCCCAAGCCUUCCAGAUGCGUCGCUCCCUGCCUCCAGAUGACAUCCAGGAUGAUUUUGAUUGGGAUUCAAUUGUGUAGGGCUUGUUUCUGCCAGGCAGCAGACUCCACAUCACCUUUCUGUGCAGUGAAGGGAAAGGUUCAAGAGAAUCCAGUUGAGAAAACAAAGUUGCUUUACCAAUGUUACCGAAAUUUCUUUUGAAGACAAUCAAAAAGAUUUUGGCUGGAUAACUUACUGCUUUUAUCUGACCCAAACAAAACUACAUGUUUGUCUCCCUGCCAACUGCCCUGUGUAACUCCUAACUGUUGUGUGAUUUGGACAGCUUUUUGCAUAUUUGUGUCAGUUUGAUGUUAACCACAAGUGCCAGACUGAUUUUUUCAGACAGAGCCUAUUUUGCUGCAAGCAGUUUAUAGAUACAUAUGUGUAAAUACAUGUACAAACAUUACUGAAAGGCUUCAGUGUUUUCUAAUUGGAUUAUCAUGUCUUGAAAAGAAAGUUAUUGUCAGUUUUUAUUCCUUGUUAGGCUGUUUUCUGCAGGAUGCUUUUAAAUGAUGUAGGGAACUGAAAGAAAGGAAAUAUUUCCAAAACCCAGGUUUCCCGAAUUGUACAACUUCUUCAGAAUAUGGGUAAUAAUUGAUUUUACCCAGUAAGUCAAGGAGCCCAGAGUUUGAUACUCUUCACCAAUCCAGAGGGGCAUGUUAUUCCUGAGUGGCAUAAAGAACUGACCAAAUUUGUUUGCAUGCUUGGGGCCUUACAGAAUACAUGUCAUACCUUGUCUGUGUCUGUUUCCUAAAUCUGCAUUAUGACAGCUCUGAAGUUUGUUUGAUGAGAAUCUGGGUAUUGCUUGGGUCUUUAAACAAAUCAAUGUCUCCAUAUCUGCUUAUGUAUUUAUUCAAAAGUGUUAUUUUAAUAUUUAUUGCCAUCUUCUGUGAAUGCUUAGCCCCUAUUGGUUUUACUAAGGAGAAAUGUAGUAUCUGAAAGCACAGUUACUUUUCUUGAUAAAAGUUUACAGACAAGACAAUCAGAGGGACAUUGUGUCAUUCUCUUUAUCAUUUUACCAGGUGAGUAUAUUUCUCUAUCUCAGCCUUCCUGCUGAUUAAGACUUCACAGCUAGGAUUGUUCUGGAAUUUGAAUCAGAGUCCAUUUGGGCAACAGAACAUCAAGGAAGGGCUUAUACAGUAGAUUCCUCUCUGUUUAGAUAGCACUGAAAAGAGAGUAGAAUUACAUGCAGAUUCUACCUGCCUCAGUCUUCAGUGCAGCUGUUAAGUGGCCUGCUAUUCCUGGUGUCUUGUAUGUCUGUGUAUGCAUUGUAUUUGGUUGCUUAUUUUGAAAUGAAGACCACCUCCUGGUGAUUAUUAGUUGUUGUGUUUUGUGUCUUAUCAUAGUUAUUUUGCAUAGGUUGAUUAAUUUUAUAAUAAAAAUAAAACCAGAUUCCCCCUCCAAAUGAAUAUAUUUUAGACUGACUUUACAAAGAAAAACAUCUACCAGUUUAAAUGGGAAACUAGAGUCCAUCAAAUCAAGGAGAAAUACUGCUCACCUGCUGUUUGUUAGCCGUUAUGGUCAUACCAGUUCAGUGAUUUUGUGCUUGAGUAAUCUCUGCUUGAAUUCAACAAGCAUCUUUGUUUCUAUGUACAUCUGUGCAAGCGUGCAUGUGUAUGUGUGUGUGAAUGUGUGCACAUGUGUUUUAAUGUAGUGUUGCCUUCAUUGAGUCGCUGGGAAACUGGGGAGGUUGGGGUGAAAAGGAAAGCUUUAUGUUUCUCUGUUUGGACACUACUUGGUUAAAAAGAAAGCUCAGUUCCAGCCCCUUGGGUCAGUAAGAAUUGGGGAUUCUGACAAGGCAGCCAGCCAACAGGCCUCCUGUAGAAGGAUCAAGGCAAGAUGAGAUAGCAGCCUGCAGAGCAAAAGCUUGAAAAGGUGAUGGUUUUCAGUAGUCUACCCAACUGUUUUCUAGACUCCAAAAUAGCUGUUUCUAAGCUAUCUGAAUUGCUUACGUAGCAAUGUGCACUUUAAAUAGUUUAGGCAUUGGAAUAAUGGGAGUGUCUAGUAACAGAAUGGUUUGGGUAGAACCACUGUGAUUUUUUACAAAUUGUGUGAUGCUAAUUUCCCAUUGGGCAGUCAUUGACUGAUUUGCAGUGAUUAGUAUUUUUAUGAGUAUUUAAGGCGACCAAGAAUGACCCUGGAGGCAGAGUCUCCACUGAGACUCACCACUCUCCUGUGAUCCUUGUUGCCCAGGUUGCCUGGGACUGGCCUCUGUGGUCCCUGGAAGGUCCAGAGUCCCUCUAGUGGCCAUUUCAGUUGGUAGCUGCUGGUACACAGCAAGUUUGUUUUGGGAUUAAAUUGACUAGAGACUAGGGGUAAAGAUUAACAAAUGUAUGUAAACAAAUGGGGGCACUCUGUCCCAGAGAAUAAUCUGACUGGCAUUUGUGGCAGUUUUUGAAAUGUAAAUGUAUCCCUGUGUGUUCCUGUAAAUAUUAAAUACGUGUCUCUCAAAUGUCCUUUGAAGUGGGAGGGAAUCAAUUGGGAUGAUUUCGAAUAGAGUAUUUUGAUAUUGUUCAUGCAGAGGGUGAUGUGUACAUAUCUAUACUGUAUAUAUGUGAUGAAGAUGCAUUGGCUUUUUGUGCAGAUACACCUGCUCUCUGUACUGCUGUUGGACAGUCAGUGUUUUAAUGUUUCUACAGUUUUGCUAUUGCACGAUUUCAUAUUCUGCCAAUGAUGAGUGGCGCCCAUUCUUUGUAACCGUUUAGUGCUGUAAAGAAAUAUUCCAAGUGUCAAUAGGAUUGUUGCUGCCAGAACUGAUAUGCAUGGAUGGCACUUAAAAUAAAUAUAUUAUGUUAACUGUA